GACCAUAGAUAUCGCAGUAGCUUGCUGCACACAGCCGGGGAUUGCGGGCUAGCUGGAGGACUUCCUACCUUUUUUUUUAAGUUAAAAAAAGAAAGUGUCAGCGGUGAAAAAUAUAAAAGAAAGCGAUAGAGGAAGAGAGGAGAGGAGAGAGACAAACGAUCCGGGCAAUCGCACCGUAUAAAAACCGCAUUGCAUUUAAAGACGGCGCAUGAAGAGGUUCAAAAUAAAGUCAAACUUUUGAGAUGUGAAGCCAAACUUUCGACUUGCAAUAGUUGAAGACGGGACCUGCAUGCAAUAACAUUAUAAUGUAGGUCAGUUCCGUGUCCUGUGCUAGUAAUUUGGCUAACAACGUGCAGUAAAUAAGUUUCGAUUGCAAUAUUAUGUUUGUUCAAUCCGUAAUAUUGUAACGAUUAUAACUUGAUCGUUUUGUAAUUCGGCAAUAAUAAUAAUAAUAAUAAUAAUAAUAAUAAUUGUUGUUGAUAUUAAUAGUGAUUACAACUUUGCUUUAACCCGCAACACAUCACUUAUUUUAUAUUUUCUGGUGGUUAAGUUCUCAAAUAUUUCAGUUCGUUAUAGGCUGGGUCAAGGAUUCAGUUCUUUCUGAGUCUGUUUUUAUACAAAAUACGGUUUUGUUUUGACAACGGUUGCGUGCAGUAAUGUUCCGUAUAAAUAACUAGUGCGUCAUGCAAUUAUAACGACGUAACUCGUAACAUUUUCAAUAAUUAUUUAGUCAAAAUCUGAAUUUAAGGUUAUUUUAGGUAAUUUUACCAAAAUUAUAUAUAUAUGUGUGUGUGUGUAUUUUUUCCCCAAUCAAUACAAAGUUUUUUUUUGCUGCUAGAUAGAUUUAAAAAAAAAAAAAAAAGUUAAAACUUAAUAGUUAAAACGCCUGGCUGAUAUAAUUUAGCACUCUUUUUAUAAUAAUUUGAAUUGUUUACUACCAUUAACUUUCUAGCAAGUGCGAGACUCGUCUAGGACUGUAACAGUGCCUAUUAAUAUGAAUGUAAUUUUAAAAUACCAGUCGCAUAAAUAAUUAUAUUUGGCUUAAUCUUCAGAGAGGUAUAGCGACAGGUGUUGCACCCAUUAAUAUUAUAACUAAUAUACGAUAAUAAUAAUAUGCAUUUAUUAGCGUGGCGCUUUUUUGUAAUGUAACAUUUCGCAUAAUCUUCCAGAGAGAUUGCAGCGAGAGUUGCUGCCUGGCACCGCCGUUCAUUUGGAUAAUAAAAUAUAUAAAUAUUAUAUAUUCAACCUUAUAUUGAUAUAAUGGUAUAUUUGAAUAGUUUUCUUUUCUUCUAAAACCCGUCUUCAAAACAAACCAGUUAAUACAACUGUGUUUUAUUUUAGAAUAAACAGAGAUAAACAAAACCAAAAUAUAAUAUAUUAAUCCUCCUCUGCUGUUCUCUCGACGGCCACAAGAUGUCGCUGUUCCUAAACCCAGCGUUCCCAGCGUUCCCCGCGCACCUCAACAAAAACGCCGCUUUCAAAAGGGCCGCCGUUUUGCUUGUGGCUGCUUACGGUGUCAAAAAACUGUACCCCUUCCUUUACCACCGACUGCGUAAGAAGACCGACCCGAGCCGGACAAACCCCUUAACAGAGCCCAAUGGGGCCCUCGGAGGCCCUGGGGGGCCCAAACAGCGCUCCCCGGGGGUGAACCAGGACUUCUUGCAGCGGCUCUGGCAUCUCUUAAAGAUCUUGUUCCCCAGGUUCCUCUGCAAAGAAUUCGGGCUUCUGGGCUUGCAUUCGCUCGCCUUGGUCUCCCGGACCUUCCUCUCUGUCUACGUGGCUCAGCUGGACGGCAAGAUCGUAAAAACCAUCGUCAAGAAAGACCCGUUGGCUUUCGUGCUCCAGCUCUCCAAGUGGCUCCUGAUUGCCGUCCCAGCGACUUUUGUGAAUAGCGCCAUCCGCUAUCUGGAAGGGCAGCUGGCUCUGUCCUUCCGGACCAGGCUGGUCAGACACGCCUACCAGUUCUACUUCAGCGAUCAGACUUACUACCGGGUCAGCAACAUGGACGGACGGCUGGCCAAUCCGGACCAGUCCUUGACCGAAGAUAUCGCCAUGUUCGCCGCCUCCGUGGCACACCUCUACUCCAAUCUGACCAAGCCCAUUUUGGACGUGGUGGUGACCUGUUACACCCUGAUCAACGCCGCCCGGUCCAGAGGGGCCGACACCACGUGGCCCUCGGCCAUCGCCGGUCUCGUGGUCUUCCUCACAGCGAAGGUGCUGCGCGCUUUCUCGCCCAAGUUCGGGAAGAUGGUGGCUGAAGAGGCGAGGAGGAAAGGGGACCUGCGUUACAUGCACUCCCGCAUCAUCGCCAACUCGGAGGAGAUCGCCUUCUACGGGGGGCAUCAGGUGGAGCUGUGUCUCCUGCAGCGUUGUUACCAGGCCCUCUCCGCUCAGAUUAACCUGCUCUUGGUGAAGAGGCUGUGGUACGUGAUGCUGGAGCAGUUCCUCAUGAAGUAUGUGUGGAGCGCCUCUGGGCUAGUCAUGGUGGCCGUGCCCAUCAUCACUGCCACCGGAUACUCCAAGCACGACUCGGAGGAGACGAAGCAGGCAGCUCUGGAGAUGAAGGAGGAGGAGCUGGUGAGCGAACGGACCGAGGCCUUUACCACGGCCAGGAACCUGCUGACAGCGGGCGCUGACGCCAUCGAGAGGAUCAUGAGCUCCUACAAGGAGGCGACGGAGCUGGCUGGAUACACGGCCCGGGUUCACGAGAUGUUCCUCGUGUUUGAGGAGGUGCGGGGGGGGGUGUUCAGACGGUCGGCCAUCCUGGAGCUCAAAGAGGGGGGGCAGGACGGGGUGGUGAAGCAGGGAUCGAGGAUCGAGGGGCCCCUUGAAAUCAAAGGGCAGGUCAUUGAUGUGGAGCAGGGGAUCAUCUGUGAGAACAUUCCAGUCAUCACCCCCACCGGAGAUGUGGUGGUCGCCAGCCUCAAUAUCAAGGUGGAGGAGGGGAUGCACUUGCUCAUCACCGGUCCGAACGGCUGUGGGAAGAGCUCUCUGUUUCGGAUCCUGAGUGGACUGUGGCCAGUUUACAGUGGGGUGCUCCGAAAACCCACCCCUGAACACAUGUUCUACAUCCCCCAGAGACCGUACAUGUCAGUCGGUUCUCUGCGUGAUCAGGUGAUCUAUCCAGACUCUCCAAGGGACAUGAACCAGAAAGGACUCACAGACUCCGAUCUGGAAGGGAUUCUGAACAUCGUCAACCUGCGAUACAUCCUGCAGAGGGAGGGAGGCUGGGACUCGGAGAGCGACUGGAAGGACGUUCUGUCGGGGGGAGAGAAGCAGCGCAUGGGAAUGGCGCGCAUGUUCUAUCACAAGCCUCAGUACGCCCUGCUGGACGAGUGCACUAGCGCGGUCAGCAUUGACAUCGAGGGGAAGAUAUUCCAGGCAGCAAAGGAUGCUGGGAUAUCACUGCUGUCCAUCACGCACCGGCCGUCACUGUGGAAGUACCACUCCCACCUGCUGCAGUUCGACGGGGAGGGGGGCUGGAAGUUCGAGAAGCUGGACACGGCCACCAGGCUGUCCCUGACCGAGGAGAAGCAGAGACUGGAGUCACAGCUCUGCGGCAUCCCCAAGAUACAGCAACGCCUCUCCGAGCUCUGCAAGAUACUGGGGGAGGACAGGAGCCUGCCCAUCACAGAGGAGGAGGAGGAGGAGGAGGAGGAGGAGGAGGAGAGUGAGGGAGACAAGCUAGUGGAGUGAGGAGGGGAGGGGAGGAGAGCCAGGGAGGAGAGUGAGGGAGACAAGCUAGUGGAGUGAGGAGGGGAGGAGAGUGAGGGAGA